AUGUUGUUUGUCGUGGCUUUGUGGAGCCACGCCGUAUCUCUGGACAACGGCCUGGCGAGGACCCCCACGAUGGGUUGGCUGCACUGGGAGAGGUUUAUGUGUAACACCGACUGCGACGCGGACCCGGAGAACUGCAUUAGCGAACGUCUGUACAUGCAGAUGGCAGACAUCAUGGCAGCUGAGGGCUGGAGGGAGGCCGGCUACCAGUACGUCUGCAUUGACGACUGCUGGAUGGGUCCGAGUCGAGACGCUGGGGGCCGCCUGGAAGCGGACCCUCGCAGGUUCCAGGGGGGCAUCAAGAGACUGGCCGACUAUGUGCAUUCAAAGGGUCUGAAGUUGGGCAUCUAUGCAGAUGUGGGCAGAACCACCUGUGCCGGAUACCCCGGCAGUCUGGGUCACUAUGACACAGAUGCUGAGACCUUCGCGGAGUGGGAAGUGGAUCUGCUCAAGUUUGAUGGCUGCUCCAUGGAUGAAACGUUGCUUGAGGAAGGCUACGUGAAUAUGUCCAAAGCUCUGAACAGAACCGGAAGACCUAUCCUUUAUUCUUGUGAGUGGCCUUUGUAUGAGUGGCCUUUCCAGAAGCCGAACUACAACGCCGUUGCAGAGACGUGCAACCAGUGGCGCAACUUUGGCGAUGUUUACGACUCAUGGAGCAGCAUCAAGUCCAUCUUGGACUGGACCAUUACCCAUCAGGACAUCAUUGUACCCUCAGCCGGUCCCGGGGGCUGGAAUGACCCAGAUAUGCUGGUGAUCGGGAACUUUGGCCUGAGUUGGGACCAGCAGGAGUCCCAUAUGGCGCUAUGGGCCUUGAUGGCGGCCCCGCUACUCAUGUCAAAUGACUUAAGGUCCAUCUCUCGGCGCUCCAAGGAGCUGUUGCAGAAUCCCCAUAUCAUCUCCAUCAACCAGGACAAGCUGGGAAAACAGGGUUAUCGCACAGUCAAGUUGGAGCGGUUUCAGGUGUGGGAGCGGCCUCUGUCCAAUGGCAGGCUUGCCAUAGCAGCUUUCAACACACAAGAGAUAGGAGGUCCGAGGGGGUUCUCCUUACAAGCGGCUCCCGGCUGGAAGAUGUGUAACCCGCUUUGCAAUGUCACGCAGAUUCUUCCCCAUUAUGAGGUGGUGGGGGUUCAGAUUGGACUCCGGGUCUCUGUUAAUCCUUCAGGGACUGCUCUUUUUGUGAUCAUGCCCAGCAGCAGCUAUGAAAAGAGAUUCCUUCCAGUGCAGUGGCCAGAAAAACAGACACUUCUAUAGAUCGGAGAAAAAAACACCUUCACAAUCAGACUUUUCACCAAUUUGAUCAGCAUCACCCAAUGAUUAACAUUUUAUGCUGAUCGACUGCCAAUCCGAUCAAUGAUACCUACUUUGUAUCCCCAUUGUGUCAUAUAUUUUAAUCCAAUGUUAGUUUAUUUUUCAGCCUUGUCAUGUCUUUUGACAUACUGCACUACUUAAAUACCUGACAGCAAAUUGUUUUUUGUUGUGUUGGUGGUGUGGUACAGGUCUAAGAGCGACAAAAUAUAAUGCAUGGAUCAGACUACAAAUUUCGUUUUUCACAAUUAAACUGUCAGACUUUAGCCAUAAAAUCAUCAAAUCCCGUCUUUCACAGUGCUUUUAUCUUGUCAAUGCAAACAGUCAUUACCAUGGCAAUGACAUUGCAUGUAUUAUAGAAACAAAGUGGGGAAAAAUGUGGUGGUGAUGGUCACUAGCGUGAGGAAGAUUAUGUUCGUCGGUUGCGAGAUUUCAGAUACUUUUGAUAUAUUAGUGCUAGCCUUAAGGAUGUAUGAAAACAUGCUGGCAUGACUUCAAAUGAUGUGCUAACAUUUUAUUGUGUGUAAUUUAAUUACAGUAAGUUAGUACGCAUUAUUUGUUACGUUAUGUUGACAUGACUAGUCCCGAUUUCCAACCUUUAUGGAGCCAAACCACACAUUUUACAACAGUAAAUACAGUGUGUAGUUGUUACCAUCUAAUAGAAGAGGUUUUAUUUGUUGCGUGUCACUCUGCUUUACUUUCUUAAAUAGAGGAAGACAGGCAUUAUUUCUUGGAAUGAUCCCCCCCACCCCCACUUGAAGAACCUUCACAGCACACUGGUUGGGAAUCACUGGACUAGAGAAUACUUUUGAUGGUGUACAGUACACAAAUAUAUCCAGUAAAUAAGUCAUUUAAAUAGACAUUGCACCGUCUCGUGAUCGGUUAGUUCACGGAUCAGCCCCAAAAAG